UUGGAAAUUCCACCUCUUUUAAAUAAAAUAUGGAAGAGGAGAGGGAGCUCCUCUCAUUGCGUUUGCUUCGUUGGGUUUCAUGGAACGCAGUCCAAAUAUUCGAUAAAAUGUCACAAUGAGUAGGGAUUCUGCUAUAGGGUUUAAUGGACCUCGUCCAUUCUCUUCCUCCGUUGUUUUUGGCUUGCAAGCUCAUUUUCCUUCACGUUAGUGCAUUUGGUUCAAUGGACACGUUUCUUCAGUCUGCAAUGUUCAAAAGUAGGCUACUAUUGUCAAUGUUCGUUGGUGAAGAAGACAAGAAAUAUAGUUAAAAAAAAAUUUCAGUUUACUUGUCAAAAGUCUUAGCUCCUUGUGGACUUUUGUAGGUUAAAAAUAUGACCACAUCCCACAUAAGUUUCACUUCAAUGAAGAUUCCAGAACCAGAAUGGAUUUUCGAAAGUUGUUCCUGUAUGGUCUACUCUGUUUCUGAUGCUUCUGUUAUCCUAAGGGUAAUGUUGGACUAUUCAGGACUAGUUAAGAAGCUAAUUUGGCAGGAAAAAGAUGGCAAAUGGAAUGAAUUCUGGUCGGUACCAAAGUCUCCGUGUGAUCCAUAUGGGCAUUGUGGUACCUAUGGAAUAUGUGAUCCUGACUUUUUUAGUCGAAGAUUUGAAUGUGAUUGUUUACCGGGGUAUGAACCCAAGUCCUCAAGGGACUGGCAUAUUCUAAAAGAUACAUCAGGCGGGUGUGUCAGGAAGCGGCUAGAGUCUACCUCAUUAUGCAGGCAUGGAGAAGGAUUUGUGAAAGUGGCAAAUGUUAAAGUACCUGACACUUCAGCAGCAGUUUGGGUGAGCAUGAAUAUGAGUCCAAGUGACUGUGAAAAGAAUUGCAGGAGGAAUUGUUCAUGCUCUGCAUAUGCAAGCAUAAAUAUUGCUGGGAAGGAGACUGGCUGUUUGACAUGGUAUGGCAUAUUAAUGGACACUGUACAUAAUUGGGAAGAGGGAUAUGAUAUUUAUGUUCGUGUUGAUGCAAUUGAAUUAGUGAGGAACAAAUGGAGCAAACAAUGGCUUGAUACAAUUGGCAGCACAUACUACAAUGAAACUUCAGUGGAAAAUUAAGUCGAAGGUAGCAUGAGUUAUCCAGAGAUUGCUUUUUUCAAUCUGAGCACUAUACUUGCUGCAACUAACAGUUUCUCUCCGGCUAACAAACUAGGGCAAGGUGGUUUUGGCGUGGUUUAUAAGGGUAAAUUGUCUAAUGGAAAGGAAGUUGCUGUGAAAAGACUUUCAAAAGAUUCAAGGCAAGGAAUAGAUGAAUUUAAAAAUGAAGUUUUGCUGAUUGCAAAACUUCAGCAUCAGAAUCUGGUGAAACUCAUAGGAUGCUGCAUUCAAGGAGAGGAACCGAUGCUAGUUUAUGAAUACAUGCCAAACAAAAGCUUGGACUGGACUCCUUUCUUUUCCGUAAGUCCUGUGUAUAUUCUACAUUAUUUAGCCUUGUAUUCCACAAGUUGUCUAAUUCCAUCUGGUUCAACAAUAUGAGUGAUGGACAUAGAAUGAAUAAAUUGACACAGAUUCAAUUGGAAAUCUUUUGUUAGAUGAAACAAGAAGGUCAAUCUUGGAUUGGAGAAAGCGCUUUGAUAUUAUCGUUGGAAUUGCUCGUGGAAUUUUAUAUAUUCAUCAAGAUUUUAGGUUGAGAAUUAUCCAUAGAGAUCUAAAAACUAGCAACAUUCUAUUGGACAAAGAAAUGAAUCCAAAAAUUUCAGAUUUUGGCCUAGCUAGAAUCUUCAAAGGCGACCAAACUCAUGAGAUGACAAACAGAAUAGUUGGAACAUUUGGAUACAUGUCUCCCGAAUAUGUGACAUUUGGAAAGUUUUCAACGAAAUCUGAUGUCUUUAGUUUCGGCAUCAUAUUAUUAGAGAUCAUUACAGGGAAAAAGAACAAUAGCUUUUGUCAAGAGGAUCCUUACCCAAGCAUGAUAGGAAAAAUAUGGCAUUUAUGGAGAGAAGAAAGAGCAUGGGAGAUAAUUGAUUCAUCACUAAAGCAUUCUUGUUCUCCUGAUGAAGUAUUGAGAUGCAUCCAAAUUGGGCUUUUAUGUGUGCAAGAAGAUGUAUUGAAAAGACCGACCAUUUCAGCUAUUGUUCUAAUGUUAAAUAGCGAAAUUAGUCUUCCUUCUCCUAAGCAACCUGCAUUCACUUUUAGAAAAUCUAGCUCAUUAGAACCAAAAGAACGAUUUUGUUCUGUGGAUGAGGAAAUAAUUACUGAGGUUAUAUGUCAUUGAAUGUCUCUCUCAUGAAUUACAUAAAUUUUUAGUAUAGGAAUCUAGGAUAUGCU